AUGAGCAAUCAACAUCACAAAAAACCCUACAACAACUAAUACUAAUAGACAGGUGGAUAGAACAACAAUGGCAGCAAUAAUAAGCAACAGCCUAACUCUUAAAAGUAGAAUAACCAUAACUCCUAGGAUAAGAAUGAAUAACAGCAUUACCACUCUCAUUAAAAAUAACAUAAUAAUUAUGGCAAUAACUAUAAUGAUAAUAAUUACAACAAUAGCAACGAAAACAAAAACAGCUCCUAAGGAUACAACAACAGGAAUCACAAUAAUAGCAACAGUAACAACUAAAAUUAUCCACAAUAAAAUAAUUCAUAAAAGGGCUAGAACACAAACAACUACAAUAAUAGUAAUAAUAAUAAUAAUAACAAUUACAACCAAAAUAAUGAUUAGAGAUUUACUUAGCAAGACUCAAAUAAAUAGAAAAACUAUAGAAGCAAUAGCAUUAAUUAAUAAAACAGAUAGAGCGAAGAUGAUAGCUAUAGAAAUAAAGUGAGCUAUGCAAACCCUAAUAAUUAAUAUCGUAGUAAUAACAAUAAUAAUUACAAUAACAAUAAAAAUAGUGGUAAUAAUAAUUAUUAAAACGAAAACUAAGGUAAUUAAUAAAAUCACAGGAAUCAAAGAAAUUCUUAUGAAGAAGAUGGCCAUUCUUACGAUAAUUACAAUCAAUAAAGAAGCAAUACUUAAAAUUAAGGCUAAUAUCACUAAUAGAAUUAGAAGAACUAAUAAAACAAUAAUUAACGCUUCAACAAUAAUAACAAUAACAAUAACAACAACAACAACAACAAUAAUAACACUAACAACUAAAGAAAUGACGAAAAAAGAUAUAACAAUAAUAAUAAUAAUAAUAAUUAGUAUAACAAUCAAGAUGACAGAAAAUAAUAUAAAAAUAAUUAGUAAUAAUACUCUCAAAAUUAUUAAUAGAAUCGUAACCAGCAAAAUUAAAAUGAGGAGGAUUACUAAAAUGAUCAAGUAGCUAUCAAGAAUAAGAAUUAUAGAUCAUCUGAGAAUAAUGAGCACAAGGUAAAGAUAGCCAUGGCUACAGUGAUAUAAAAAGUUUAUGAUCAUUGUAUGAACAAACUUUACACCAAUAGAGAAAACACAAGAAUACGCAUUAUGUCAGCUGGUAAGGCGAACAAAAAGGCAGUCAUUCUUGCUGAAUUGCUAAAAAGAAGAAUUAAUGGCUUAUAGCAACUAAACUACGUAAAAACUCUCAAGCCUAAAUUCAAUAAUUAAAACUAAAACAAAACUCUCAUUUCCUUCAAUAUCUUAUUGACAACUUAGGAAUUAGAUAAGAAUCAUUAUGGAUAUUAAGGACCUCUUCCUCAGUAAAUAGUUAGAGAAAUCGGCAAUUAUCUCGAAAAACAUAAUCAAAAUAAAUAGAAAAGCCAUAACAAUAAAAACCAACAUCAUUUGUAAAAUUAAGAUGAAUUCAGUAAUAAUAAUAGUAACAACAAUAGUAAUAAUUAUAACAGGAAUUAAAACGAUAGAAAUAUUGAGAGCAAUAAUAAUUAAUAAUAAAAUAAUAAUAACCCAAAGAAGCCAAAUAAUAGAGGUAACAAAAAGGGUUAGCCUAAUGUUGUUUAGAGCUACUCUAAAAAUGCUAAUAACGAUAGCCAAAGUAAUACUAAUAAUAGAAAAAAUUCUGCCUAAGAUUCUUAGUAUAGUGAAAAUAGUAAUAGCUAUCAAAGAAACGAUAGAAAUCAAAAUGUCAAUAAUCAAUAAAGAAAUGUGUCAACUGAAAGAAGACCCUACAAACCAAACAACAACUAACAAAAGAAUGAAAGCUAAUAGGAUUGGAAUCAAAAUAAAAAUGACCAACAAAAACAGGGUUAUUCUUAGAAUCAGAACAAAAAUUAGAACUAACAACAUUAUCAUAAAGAUUAAAAUAAUGAUAGGUAUUAGAAUAAAUCUCAUAGCUAGCAAGAUUAAGCAAAUCAUAAUUAGAAUUUCAAUUAGCAAAAUUAUUAGAAAAACUAAAAUAAAAAUUAGGAUUAAGCCUAAAGGAAUCAAAAUAGGUAAAAUUAAAGCUAUAACUAGGCCAAUUAACCUUAAAAUAACAAGAAAGAUUAUGAAAGAGAUAAUAAAUAAGAUUAACAAAAGCAAGAAGUUCAAAAGAAGUAGCCAAAGAGAGACUACCAAAAGAAGGUUGAAGAAAAAAGAACAAUUAAGGAUCAAACUAAAGACACAUAGAACAAUAAGGACUAACAAAAAAACACUCCUCACUAAGGAAACGAAAACAACAAGCAAAAAGGAACAGGAAAAUAAUAACACAACCAAAACUUUAAUUAGAAUAAUCCUCAUGAAAACCAACCAAACAAUCCCUCUGAGCAAUCCAAAUAAAACAACAAUAAUAUCCACAAAAAAAGUAAGAACAGCCAAGUGGAGUAUGAAAAGAAGCACAAAGAGUAAAAUACUCAAGCUCCUGCUGGCUAGCAAAAUCAAAACUAAGAAAAGGCUAAUUAAAAGAAAACUAAUAGCAGUAACCAGACCUAAAAACCAAAGCCAUAAAGACCAGUUUAUGUUGAAAAAAUGACUGAAGAAGGUGAAAAACAAGAGUGA